GGAGACUGCACCCUGGUGGCAUCAGUGGGGCUCUCAGUCUUGAGCUAUGAGGGGGUGUUUGCACAGAAAUGAGGAACAAAGGUGCUUUAGGUUCCCUAAAAGGCUCAUCUAGAGUGAAGCCCUUGUGAGAAGGCUUCAGUUCAUACCCUGCUGUGCAUCAUUUUCAGGAGGAGCCCUUUUUUAGUAGUAAACAUAAAUGUGGAGGGGAGCACCCUCUGAUGUCCAGAGUUCCCAGGUUUAUGAAAAACUCAGACUACUUAAGCAUGAUCAAGAUGUGGUUCAUUUUCAGAAGCUAGCUUAGCCCCUGUGCAUUUACCAGCAGUGUUGCAAUACCUGUUCUUGAAGCUGUUUUUAUAGACCUCUGGAACUACAAUGGCUGGACCACUGUGUCCUGGACCAGAGACUGAUUGUUAAAGACUGUUAGAUGUUGUGGGUUAAAGACUGAUAGAUAUAGUGGAUCUAGGGGUACUGCUGGGAUGCUGGUAAAUCUUCACAACAGAUAUCAAGUAUUCUUGUCAGUGGUCUCAGGAACGGUGGAUGUCUCCAGUGGUAGAAACUUAGAGAAGUCACUUUUGAGUUUGGUGUAGCUACAUCUGAGGGCUGACUGCCACAGGCUCUUUAUGUAAAUUUGAGAAAAUCACUCUGUUUUUCUGAGUCUUUAAUUUCUGUGUAUGUAUUAUAAAUAGUGUUCUACUUCACCUGAGCGUGGUAGAGAUGAAUAUAGCCUGAAAGGUUAGGAUGUUGUCAUAUAACACAUUAACAGGGCAACACAGUGUGUUAAAUAAACCUCUCCAUCACUAUGGUUCCCCAAGAGAUUAUUUCAUGACAUGUGUUUGCCUAGAAAUUACGUGCUUUGAAGCAGUUAUCAAGUGAGAUACCUCUAAUUUCUUUGCCCUGUGCCGUGGCUAAUUCACAAAUGAGUUUAUUAAUUUAAAUAUGGAAGCACGUAAUUCAGAUUUGCUGAGCUUGUUUUUUUUUUUCAGUAUUUAUUCUAUGUCAUCUUUGCUGUGUGCAUCCUGCUUUGUGAUGGGUUGCAAAUUAUUUGUUUACCAUCCACCAAGAGAGGAAAUGAGUGUGGUAUUAUACUUCAGAAAAAACUUCUGGCCUUAAAAAAAAAGUUGAGGAUUUUGAUCUGCAGUAUCAGUUUUUUAGUGGUUAAAAUAGUGUGGCCAGCAGGAUGAGGGAAGUGGCAUCCCUUUGAACUGGAUACUGAGGAGGCUACACCUCAAAUCUUCUCUUCAGUCAACCCCUCUCAACAAGACAGACAUUGAGAUGCUGGGUGUGUCCAGAGGAAGGCAACAAAGCUGGUGAAGGGUCUGGAGAAUGAGUGUUAAGAGGAGCAGCUGAUGAAGCUGGGGUUGAUUAACCUGGGGAGGAGCCUCAGCAGGGGAACCUUCUCACUUUCUGUACUACCCAAAAGGAGGUUGUAGUGAAGUGGGGGUCAGCCUCUUCUCUCAGGUAACAGGAUGAGACAAAAUGGUCUCAGGUUGUGCCAGAGGAGAUUUAGUUUGGAUGUUAGGAGAAAUGUCUUCAUGGGAAGGGUUACCAGGCAUUGGAAAAGGCUGCCCAAGGGAGUGGUUAAAUCGCCGUGCCAUUCCUGCAGCAGUGCCCUUACCUGUGGUCGUUGAGGCAAGCACAGCCCCUGCCCAGCUGCUGACCUCUGCAGCCCCGGACGGCCAGUGGAGCCAUUCGCUGUUUGCCUUGAUGCCCUCUUGGACGAAGAAGGCGGUGUUCAAACGGGAGUCUGACACCAGCCACCUCCCGCCUGAAGAUGUGUCCAAUAUGUCAGUGUCUUCUGAAUUUGGAAUAACCCUUCAGAAAUGUGGCAUGGUGGAUGUUGAACAUGACCCUCAAACUGCACACAUUACACUUGUGAUUAAUAAUACCAACACAUUGCUCUCAACAAACAUCACAGAUCUUAUCCUCAUGGACAACAUCACUGGUCUACAAGUUCAAAAAAACAGUGGGAAUAAGACCACAAAUGGCAUACAGAUUUACAGGAAAAGUUUCUUGCAAGGUGGAGAACACUUUGCAAUCAACUACACUGCACUUCUUGAUGCAGAAGAAAUGUGGCAUGGCAGGGUCUUGACACUGCCUGCAAAGCUAACUUUCAGGAGUUCAUCACAGAAUAGAACACAUCUCAUAUCAUUGACAGCAUCACUUACCAUAACAGAAGAAGAAAAGACCAAGAUUUUAUACAGCCAUGCCAUCAGUGCUUCAGCAUUCUUCAUUGCUUUUUUUGUUUCCCUCGUGUUGACAUGUGCUGUCUUUUUCAUCAUUUACCGAACCCAAAUAUUAAAAUGGAGUUUCUGUAGUAAAAACCAGGACAUACAGCCUGAUCUCAGCCAAAAUCACAAGGUGGAGCAUUCUCAAUUUAAUUCAGGUGAUCUCUUUAGUGAAGAUAUGAUUAUGAAUGACCAAAUCAUUGAUAUUCUGUCCUUUGAAGAACCUGGGAACAUGCGUCAGGCUUUAGAAGAUUUGGAGGUUGCCAGCCUGACACGGGCAGAUGCUGAUCUGGAGGCCAGUCGAACUCAGAUCUGUAAAGAAGUGAUUGCUAUGAUGUUGAAGAACAUGGUCUUAAAUCACAGCCUCGUUCCUCAUGUGGAGAAGAAGAUAAGUUCAGUUUUCAAAAAGCAGUUUCUUGCAAUGGAGGAAGAGAUUCAAGAGGAGUAUGAAAGGAAGAUGGUGGCUUUAACAGCUGAAUGUAAUCUAGAAACUAGGAAGACAAUGGAGGCUCAAUGCCAAAAAGCACGAGCUGCAAAUGAAGAGGCUGAGGAAUUAAUGAAGAAAAUUAAUGAAAAGCCUGCUAUAGAAUACAGAAGUCUUCUGGACAAACUUCACAGGCUGGAGCAGGACUGCCUGAAGAGGUUCCUUUUUGUAAAGCAGGAGGAAUAUUUUGCAAAGGCUUAUAGAGAGCUGGCUGUUACCCAAAGAAAGGAGCUCCAUACUAUCUUUUUUACACAAAUAACAAGUGCCACUUCAAAGGGAGAACUGAAGGUGGAAGCAGCUAAAACAUUAGUGGAAGGUUACUCUAAAGUACAGGGUGACAUUGAAGAGCUAAUGGAUUUUUUGCAAGCUUGCAAGAAAUAUCACCUGAGUAAAAGAUUUUCUUACAGAGAAUAUCUUAUAAGUAAAGUACAGUCAAGGGAUUCUCGUGUCUCUGCUCUUAUAAAUGCCACAGCAGCCCAGAUAUCGAGUCUCAUUAACAAGACAGAAAGAGCAGGUCAUCUACCUGAAAGUCAUUUGGGAAUCCUGCUGGACCGAGCUGAGGCUGAAAUUAAUUUUGUUAAACAGAAAUUUGAUCAUGAUUUAAAACAAGAAAAGCAGAAGCUUUGCCAGAAACUCAUUACCAAGCGAAGGCAGGAAAUGCUGCAAAAGCAGAAAGAGCAUCAGAAGGAGCAGCUGUCACUUGGAGACCCCUUCAAAACUACUGAUGAGAUCUCUCACUACCUGAGACACUGGAAAAAUCUUCUGAGUGAUCACACCAUUGAAAUUGAAGAACUUACUGAAAAGCUUGACAAUGAGGCCAGUGAAGAGCUGAAGGAGCUUCUAUUUAGCCUAGCAGAGAAAGCUGUUGAAGAGCUUAAACGUGUUCAGUGUGGAGUGUUUGUGCAAGAGCUGGUCAAGCUCAAUGUGCCAAAGCUGUUCCUGCUAGAAGCUGUGGAGGAGCACAAAAAAGAGAUGAUGGUUAAACACGCACAGCUUGAAAGGGAAGAACAUGACAAGAGCAUGGCUGCUGAAGAGCUGCUUCAGCUCACCAGGCAGAAGUUAAGCCAGGAGCUGGAAACAGGCAUCUCAGAACAAAAGAAAAUAAGGAGCUGGGAACAGUCAAUAUUCAUGCAACUUCUAAGUUUACCUCUGUCACUCUCAGAAGAAGAGAUGCUUAGAAUGAGGCAGGAGUUGCACUGCUGCUUCUCCCAGGUGGACAGCAGCUUGGCUUGGCCCAAGAUAAGAGCAAGAACCCUGCUUCAGGCUUUUGAAAUGGAGCAGAGGGACGCUGAGGUGCUGAAAGUGGAGCAGAAUUUAGCAAUGACCAAUGAACAGCUGCAUUCUAAAAUGGGAAAAACAGGAUCCAGGAAUAGAAAUAAGUUAGAUAUUCUGAAGAAAUCUUUACAGGACAAAAUUUUAAUUUAUGAAGACUCAGUGAAAGGUGAAAAUUUGAAUAGGAUUAAGUAUGAGUUGCAGCUUGAAAAAGAGCGUCACCUGCGCAAUCUGGAAAAUAAACUUGGAGAGUAUUGUGCUUCUUUAGCCUUUCAAAAGAGUGUUAAAAAAUCCAGAAUGCUGGAGCUGUAUACUGCUAUCAUAAAUGUGCAAGCUUUGCUCUUUGAACAACUGAAUACGUCAAAAACCCUGUCAAAACUGGAAUGUAUUCAGAUUUUAGAAGCACAUAAUCCUGAGAUUGAAGAACUUGAAAAGAAGCUGGAGUAUGAGAUGUUGCAUAAGGAGUCAGCACAGCAGCAUCUAAUGAGUAGGCAGAGGUGGAUUCUGGAUGGUUUGGGACUCGCAAAUGAACCUGUGGACACGAAUGCAGAAAGACAUGUGACAGUUCUGUUAAGACAGGCCAUGAAUAAAUGUAGACAAUUUAUAAACCUGUACCAACAAAGCUUGAGAGAUGAGCAAUGGAAUUGCGUGGUGCUUGAAGAUCUCCUGGAAAAUAUAGAAACGAAUGCAUUUUUGGCAAUUUAUAGUCAGGAGCUCCGUCUGGCAGGUUAUUUAGCUAAACUGACGAGGGUGCCAGUGGGGGUGCUGCACAGGGCCCUGAACUUGCUGCUGCCCUCCAGCUCACAAAGUGAGGUUCUUUCUGUCCUUGAUUCCAUCAGUAAAUAUUCAGAUGGUGCUGUUGAAAGUGACAGUAAUGCAGAUGAGUCUGGCAGCUGUAAGAAAAGGAAGAGCCAGGAGAUGUGGCAAACACUGGAGAACAAAAUAAGGCAAGAUCUGAUAAACAGAAGUUUAGAAAAGAUCCCUUCUCUAAACAAGAGAAAAGACAGUUUGACAAAGAAGAAGCAACUUGCUGUCUUGGAAAAAGCAGCAUUCAUUCAUCUGGGAUGUUCACCUGCACACCUUCCUGUGGAACAGCCUGAUCCACCAGUUUCUCUGAACUCUGCAACUGCUGAAGCCAUAGAGCUGUCAGACACAGGGGAGAAGAUAUUUCUGUUCCGUGAGCCAAGUGAUCCAAAACUUGCUUUGCAUAAUUUUCCAAGGAAAAAGAAAAAGAACUUUCUUAAUUCUAAAAAGGCUGCUCAUGCAAACAUGGACUCAUAAGAGCAAUUCCAUUUAGAGUAUCAAUUAGGAAAGAGGAAGUUAUUUAAAAUUCAGUUAAAUGAUGAGGAAGAAUGAAGUGUACAGUUCAAAUGACAUGUAUGUUGUUUUAAUCUGAUUUGUCUGAUAUUGGAAAUAAAUGUAAUUUUAGAAUGGCACAGUUAGUGAUGUGCAUCUUGAAUUUUUUAAUUCUUGUCAGUGCUUUGUUGCACUAGGUAAAUAUGGGUGUUCUAUGAUGCACAUUCUGGCAGGCAGGACUCUGUGUUCCUUCACUACAUUUUGGUAAUUUUUACACUGAUUUUACCAUGGUUCUAUUUUCAUAAUUUAUACAGAAAGGUUAUUUAUUACAUAUAGUAGGUACUGACUUACUAUUUUUGUAUUUAUAUUUUUGUGGUAAGCUGCAGUAUAGCAGAUGACAUGGAGAGAUAUAGUAGAUGAACCACAUGUCCUUUGUUCUCUGAUUUUAUGUUAUUCUAGUUAAUUUACUGUUUAACACUGUGUUCCUAAUAGAACUUGCAUGUUACUUCUGCAGUCUGUGUUCUGCAAUGACAGCUGGUAGUCUAGAUCUUUAGCAUGUAUUUGUAUACUGAGCCUUACAUCCUGGAGUAACUGCAACAUUUUGCUGUUUCUAAACUUACUUCAGUUGAGCUGUGAGUGUGGCUACAGUUCCAAACUGUUGCAUAUUUACAACCUGUUGCAGUCUUUUCAUUGGUGAAGCAGUGUCAUCACAUUUGCUCAGUAGAAAAGUGAAAAAUGUAAGUGGACAUAUAAUGCCUUCAGAACCUCUUUUGAUUGCAGUGCUGCCAAUUUUCACAAUUUUAGAUAUUUUUGAAGUUUUUAUUCCUGAAUUUCUCUAAAUUGAUGAGAGUAUAAUUUUAUAUUUCAGAAAGAGUUAAUUUUUAAACCUGUCUAGUUGACUCAAAGAGUCCUGUAAAUAUGAAUCCAAAAAAGAGGAACAGGAAAAGCUAAUUAAAAUAACCAUAUGUAUUUGUUAAUAUCUUAUAUUAUUCAAGCCUGUUUUGAGGGGGUUGUAACUGUAUUUGAAUGCUGUGCUCUGAGGCCACUGUGAUCAUAUAUUUUGUAUUUUUUCAUGUACAGAUCUUCUACACCUUUUUAUUAAUAGGGUGCCAUAUUAUUUAAAAAUUAAAAUGUUACAAUAUAUGUGUAUCUGCAGUUGGCAUUUUUUCCCCUUCUUCUCUGACAAGUUUAAAUAUUCAUUCCACAGAAGACAAUUAGUGUUUCCUAUCACUACUAGCAUUAGAAAAUGUAUGUAGUAAUUAGACUGACAGUCCUAAUUAUUAUUUGAUUGCAUUCUUCAGUCUUUUCAUGGAAGUAUUUGCUGUCACAGGAAGAGGAGUCUCUCAGGGUUGUGGGAGUUCAGAGUUGCUGUUUUAACCAUGUCUGGUAUUUUAUCCCCAAGGCACGAGUGGGUAAAGAGCAGGGUCUGUCCUGCCUUGGAAGUGGGCCAGAGCUGCACAGAAGUAAUCUCAGGUGUUUCAGAAAGAGGCAAGAAGGCAAUUGGAACACUUGCACAGCUCAUGGCUACAAGGAGCACUUGAAAGCUGAAGUACCUUCUUGAAUGUCAGUCCCUUCCAGGAUGUUUUUGCAAGCCCAGACUCUUCACUGUUACAAUAUAAGGGGGAAGUGACAUCAACUCAUCACAGAUAUGACAUGGAGGCCAAUAGCUCUAAUAGGUUACAAUAAUAAAAUGCAACAUCUGAAUAUUGAUGACAAUAUCAAUUUAUUAUCCUUAAUAGAUAAUCUCUGUGUCUAGCAAUAGAAAGCUAAUUUGUAACUCUCUCACACCUCAUCAAAAAUUUGAAGCAGUUCAGUGACUGUAACUUUCUAGCAGGGAAAGUCACUCCCUGCUAUGAGUCACUCUCAUAUCAUGCAAUACAUAUUCAAAGAAACAUCCAGAUCUUAACAUCUCUUGUGCCUUGUGAAAGAAGUACUAACUAGGAAAUAGCCCACUUCAGUGAAGAGUUAACUUACAUUCAGUUUUGAGCCACUCAAGAGGACAGAGGGCCAGCUGUCAACUGUGCAGUUUUGUGUGUGUGCCAUAGGUAUUGCCAGCCUUAUUUCACAGCUGAAGUGUCCCAAAGAAGGUGUGUGCUGGACAAGCCAUUCCAAUUCAUCCUAUUUGACUUCACAGUCAUCAAUACAAGAAGUAAUAGAAGGGCAACUUCUUCAGUAUUUGAAACUGUCCAAAUCAAUUGUGUUCCCCUGGAAGUUCCUUGCUUUUCCUGUUGCCCUUGACAGUUUCCUGUGUACUCCCAUCUCCAUUGCACUGUUGUCUUCCCUCAACAUGAUGCCAUUGGACAAGGAGCCAAAACAUACAAAGAACAAGCAAAAGUAACUGUCCUUGGACAAUGAUUUAAUCCAUACAGUAAAUAACAACUUACUGGCAAUAGUAAAUUUUAUUGAAGAAAUUAUUCUCCAUGCUAGACUAAUAAACUGUAGCUUUGUUAUGAUUUUUUCAGCAUGUGCUUCAGUAAUGUCAGCUUGCAGCUAACAGCCUUCGUGCCCAGGGUUCAGGAUUUUCAGGAGGCUUAGUUAUGCACAGGCUCUUCAGUAUUGUCAACAACCCACCUUUCUGCUCACCUUGGCUUGGGAUACCUGGAUACUGGAUUAGCAUGCAAUACAUAUUCCCCAUUCUGUCAAGUUGUUAUUCAAAAGAAUACAUUUUGAAGGUUGGUGAUUUUUUAAUAAAAAGGAUCCUACAUGAUGAAAUAUAUUUUGGGAAAGAUGUACUAAAAAUGUCCUGCAGUGAUUGAGGUGAAAAAGCUUCUGGGAAACAAGUUGGUUGAGAUUUCUUAUCAUAAAUUUAUAUUUAAUUUCUUUAACCUUGGUAUUGUGUAUUAAUUUAUUAUGGAGUAGAAUACACAUGCUGGGCCUAAUGAAGAAUAAUUCAUACCAAGAGUGAAUAACUGGAUGUUCUGGAAGAGACUAUCAGUGUCAAAGUGAAUCUGUUGUAAACAAAAGCAAGAAUACCUAUGUGGACCUAGCAGUUCAUUACAGAAAAAUGUAAAAAUGAAAGUAAAAGGAUUGACACUUUGGUGGAAAUAAUUGUUAUGUUUAAUAGGUAACUUUUAUCUUCUCUGAUACUGUAACUGUUUCAGGUUUAAAUGAAUUUUAAACUGAUAAUGUCUCUUCAAUAAGGUCAGUGCUGCAAAGUACUUGUCUACCUUAUUUGAACCUGGGAAACUCAUGCUGCUUUCUUUGAUUAUCUGGUAUUUACCCAGCUGCUAUUUUAACACCUUCAUUUCUUCUGGGGAAUGUUAAGAUUUUAUGCUGUUACCUUUGUACAGCCCAGUGCCAAUAAUUACACUGCCUUUCGUCAACAGCUCCUGCUUCCCAAGAGACUGACAGUGGGAUUUGCAAAGCAUCAAAUGCCAAGUUCACUCAUCUGUUGCCCCGUGCUGUGCUGAUGUAGCUGGUGCAGCCUUAGGUGUACCAGAUAAAGUUUAUUUUCCUUGCUGAGUUGUAAAGCUGUACUGUCACAGGCUGUUGAGAACUGUGUGAGUUCCUGUGAAUAGCAAUACUGUGUGAGUGAUGAACAUUGUCCUUCUAGCUGAGUGCUCCAGGUAGGAUUUAGCCUUUUCCACAUUCUGUUUCUCCACUCAAGAUCUCUUGUAAAAAUGACUGGCAAAGGCCACCAGCUCAGGUCUUUAGUCCUGUCUUCCUGCUUGUUUUCUUGUUAUUCACAGGAAGCAAGGCAAGAGAAGUCAGUCAGACUCCACCCUUGUGAAAGAGCAUACAGUGGGCUCACUGUCUGCCUUUGUGUUGCAGACAAACCGUGACCUAAAUUUAAUGUUAAUCUCAUUAAUAUGUUCCAUGAGAACUGGUAAUGUCCAUCUCUGUAUUUGAGCAGUCUUGUUAUCUAAAACCACUAGUUAUUUUUCUCACCUCAGCUGUCACAGUGAACAAAAGCAAUUUGUUUUCUCCAAGGUUCAGAGAUUCCUCUGGAAAGCAGAAGACAGAUAUUUGCAGGGAACUGAAUUUUGAAGAAGUCAACAUUGUUGGAACAUCUUCUUCAAUUAUGCCAGAGAAGUUGUCUCACAAAAGGGGCUGUGUACUUUCAACCACUUUUGUUUGAAAAAAGAUGACCAAAUAAGAAAAUAAAUGAAAACCUGGAAGUGGCACGUAUCAUUCCAAGCCAUAAUAGCACUCAGAAUCUGAGGACAGAAGUUGGCAGAUUUGGGCAUUGCUGAUGGAGUUUAGUUCUUGAUACUGUGUAAUUGAGAAUGACGGCCGGUUACGUUUGUGAAUGGUUUAUAGUUACUCAACUGCACAAAGAUAUCCCUAUGUAGUGUUCCAAGAGAAGUAAAAUGUUUCUGUGCAGCAGCUAGUGAAGUCUGUAGCUUUCUAGAAACUCUGUGUGUUCCCAGUUGAAGAAGGUAAUCCUUGGGGAUGUGUUUGGUUUUGUUUUUUGGGUGGUUUUAUUUUUGGUUUUUUGGUUUUUUGUUUUGCUUUUUGUUUUGUUUUGUUUUGGGUUUUUUUGGGGGUUUUUUGUUGUUGUUUUUGGAGGUUUUUUGUGUGUUUGUUUUGUUUUGUUUUUUUUUUUAACAGGGUCUAAGAGACAAUAUAUAAAUGUAGGUUUACUUUGCAAUCUUUGAAAAUAGACCAAGCAUUGUCAUUGCAAGAAGUUGCUCAUACAGCAGGGUUUUAUCUUUGGUGUCUGCAAACCCAUAGAGUCAUUCUGUGUCAUCUCUGCUCAGAAAACAUCCAGGAUGAAGUGAUUCCCUACAGAUCAGCUCCUACCUUGCUCUCCAGAGUCUCAGACUUUUUGACUGGAGAUGUGACAAUUUGUCACAUGUACCGGGAUCCAAAAACCUAAGAAAAGCUAUGGGCUUUUUUGUCAAGUCCUUUCAUUCAGUUUUAGUUUUCUGUCAUGAGAGAGUUAAACAAGAAGCCCAUGUGAAUCCCAGUGGUGGAUGAAUAAAGAUCUGGGAAUCGAGGCCCUGAUGCACCUCAUUUCACUUGUAAAUAGAACAAGUGAAAAUCCUACCAGCAGUGGAAUAAGGCAGUUUGCAGCCAGCUGUUGAAUAUGCAACAUGGCCCUUCAUGGAAAUUCACUCCCAAACAGCAGUACAGUGGUGGAAAGGGGAUUUAUGAGCUGUCUUCUCCAAAGCAGGCAUAGCAAAGCUGUGGAGUCAGCAGAUUUCCUCUGAGUUUCUGAUGCAAAGCAGCAAACUGUAGCUAAUGGUUCAUGUGCUGAAAAAGAUCUUGGAAUGCAUCUUGUAUGUUGCUGUUAAGAGUAAAGUUAAUUUCUUAUAUCAAGCCCAGAGUGUGGAAGUAAUACAAUGAGGUUAUGAAAUUACUUUGUUCUGAGAGUAACUGUAUUGCUGCCUUUGUGUCUAUGUUUGAGGUUUUCUUCCUAAUUGAAGAAAGAUGAAGAAAGCACUUAAUUUGGAAGUAAUAUUUGGCAGGGACAUGUGAUAAGAAAAUUAUGAUAUGAAAAACCCUAUUAAUUCUGCGGAGGAAAAAACCCUGCAGAAAUGACUGGGCAUCUUCCUGGCUCCUCCAGUUUUUAUGUGUAUGAAUAGUUCCUUAAAUGUGAUCCAAUUUACAUAAAUAAGGCUGUCAGGGUUUGGUUAAUACAACCCCUGCAGACAGUGAUUCAGUGUCAUACACCUCUAGAGAGUAAUUCAGUGUGGCACAAAAUCCUGCUAGCAUGUUCUGGCUGUCAGAGCACGCUCUGGGCACAGGGUAUGUCUUGCAGUUUAUUUGGCUAUAUUUUGACCAUCUCAAUGUGUCUAAUCAAAGCUAAUGUCAUGGCUUUCCUCAUAACUGAGAGAUAGGUACAGGCACUACCCUGGGAUGCUUUCUCCUUCCCUUGGACCUUUUUGCUGUGUAUGGCUUCUGCAGGGCAGAGAUGCAUUUUCAUUGUGCAUCUCAGAAACUCUUUGCAGAACAGAUACUAACUUCCAGACAUCAUGGUUAGGAGAGAGAACAACAAGUUUUAUUAGACUAACAAAUGCAUUUGGGCAAAGCAGAGGAGCUUUACUGCUAUUAAGUUGUUUUUCAAAUAAAACCAGAACUUUUCAGCUCUUGGCAGUUGCUGUGGUAAUAAUUUCAAACAAAUAUAGUAUUAGAACUGGUCAAUGUUUAUAAUGAAGGAAUGUCUUUCAUUUAAAACAAAACUUGUUUAGCACACAAUAAACAAAAUUAAAUAAAAA